CGGGAACCAUCUGCUUCCAAUUCUACACUCUUCCUUGCUUCCUUCCUUUCCGACGCCCUCUGCAAUUCCCUCGGUCCGCCCUUGCAUUGUGCAUUCUGGAGUAGUAUAUAUAGUGGCUCUCGGCGUCAGAGCGCGCAUCGUUGAUUGCAACACGGACUGAGUUGUUACGAUCGGAGUGUGGUUGACGAAGUGUGUCCAGUUGUGGUCUUCAGCUUUCUGAGAGAUAGUUUGGCAGCUGAGAUUUUUGUGAGCGUCCAUUGUGGGAGGUUAUUCGUUCAAGUAGGUCGGCCGUUCCUUGAACUCCGAGGCUCUUAGGUCGCAGCUUGGGGUGAGACGCGGUUGAGUGCAUUUUCUUCGGGUCCUGCGUUCUUGAGAGGUCGAGGCAGACAUGGCUCUAUCGCUGUUCGGCGGUCGUGGCAACAGUGUGUUCGAUCCCUUCGAGUUCGGCGGUGUGUGGGAUCCUUUCUCGGUGCUGGAGAGCGGGCCGUCCCGGCGAUUUGCAGGCGACGCGCAGGCCGUGGCGAACACGCGGAUCGAUUGGCGUGAAACGCCGGAGGCGCACAUCUUCAAAGCGGACCUGCCUGGGCUGAAGAAGGAAGAGGUGAAAGUGCGAGUGGUGGAGGGGAGGACGCUGGAGAUCAGCGGCGAGAGGAAGAAAGAGGAGGUGCAGAAGGGCGAUACCUGGCACCGGGUGGAGCGUGCGCAGGGCAGUUUUAUGCGACGGUUCCGGCUGCCGGAGGGCACCAACACGGACGAAGUGAAGGCGCAGGUGCAGGACGGAGUUCUGACGGUGACAGUUCCCAAGCUUCAGGAACCGAAGCCACAAGUGCGCCAGAUAGAGAUCGCGUGAGGCGUGAAGGUGUGAUGGUGUGCUACAUACUGGGUCGCGGAACGUGUACAUAGAAACGGGAACGAGCGCUGUCGCGGGAUUUGUUACAGUGCGGAAGUAGGAAUAGGCAGCAUCCUGCAGCAUGCGCAGGGUGACUUUGAAAUGUGUGAAACGAAUGAGAGGGAUGUGAAUGAUGGAAGAUACUUGUGAACGCUGGGGCUUGCGAUGGAGCCGCCCCGGGCCAUUGUACACGAAUGAAGGAGAAUGUGAAUAAAAGAGACAUGCUGCUUAGAGCGGUUAAUCGCAA